AAGAUAUUUGGGGAACUAGCUUUCCAGAUUGAGGUCCUCAACGUCCAUAUACUCCUCCUGAGUCCUUCCUGCCACCCUCUUGGGUGGAUCCUUGGCUAUCUGCUGCCAUGAUUCUUCAGUGCAGACCAGGUUACUUGUGGGCGGCAAUAUGUCCUCAAGAGAACACUCAAAUAUGCUUGAAAUUCAGGAUCCACUUUGAAGGGGCAAGGCAAGCACAAAGUUUCAGACUUUUAGCAACCAGGAGGAAAUGCACCUUAAAUUUGCUGGAAGAGCCUCUCAAGAUUUCCAAGAAAAAAGGCAGUAUUGCUGGUGCUGUUUCUCUGAUUAUUGGAACCAGUAUUGGUUCAGGAAUUCUUGCCCUCCCAAAGAAAACAUCGCCUGCGGGGUUCUUUCCAAGUUCAAUAUCUAUGACUGUAUGCUGGGUUUUUCUAUUAAUAGAAGCAUUAUUGCUCGUUGAAGUCAAUGUGAGGCUGCUGAAGAAGAAGAGCAUGAGAUUAAAAUCGGAUGAAUGGGGGAUCAUCUCCAUUAGGACUAUGGCUCAGGAGACACUGGGAGAAUGGGGUGGAGCUCUGGCUACUGUUACCUAUGUUUUCUUGGGUUAUACUUCUAUGAUCGCCUAUACAUCAAAGUCAGGAGAGAUCCUUAACCAUUUGAUUGAUCUUCCAGAAUCAAUUUCAGGCAUCUUCUUCACUGCCUUCUUCACCACACUCAUCUUCGUGGGUGGGACACAAGCCACUGAUCAAGUGAAUCAAUGGCUCACUAUUGCCAUGAUAGGUCUGCUGGUGGCAAUUGAGGUUUUAGCUGUUGCCUUCGGUGGGUGGUCAGGAUUUGGAGGGAGUGAUAACUGGGAAAAAGUUCCGGCAACCAUUCCAGUAAUCAUAUUUUCGUUGGUUUAUCAUGACCUUGCUCCUGUUCUUUGUUCUUAUCUGGGAGGGGACCUUUCACGCAUCAGGGCUUCAGUUUUGCUUGGCAGUAUUGUCCCUUUACUAGCUUUGCUUAUUUGGGAUGCUAUAGCACUUGGGCUGUUAGAGCAGGUUGAUCAAGUUGCUGAUCCUGUUGAACUUCUUAUGAGAGUAAGCUGGGGAGGGGUGUCAUUUAUGGUUGAGGCCUUCUCACUUCUGGCUAUUGGAACUUCACUUAUUGGCACCCUUCUUAGCUUUUCAGAAUUUUUCAAAGAGCAGCUUAAUAGCCUGUUAACCUUCUCACCCAUGACUCGAAAACUCGAGGAGAGAUCAAAUUCAGACUUUGGUUUAAUGGAAUGGUGGACGAGUAAGAAAAUAAGCUUCACGGCAACAGCAAUGGUUGUUGUUCCAUCCCUUUUUGUUUCAACAACAGUUCCAGAUGCAUUUUCUGCUGCAACAGAUAUUGCUGGAGGCUACUGCAUGACAAUGCUCUAUGGAGUUUUUCCACCUGCAAUGGCUUGGGCCGUGCUUUCCAAAAAUGGUGAAGGCAGUGACCACAUAGCAGGAUCCAGAUUCAGGCCAACACUUAUCUGUGUAGGAAUAUUGGCUGGUGCAAUAUUGAUAGAGCAAAUAUUUCAAGAUCUGUCAAUCUUGCAAUCCUAGAACAGUACUAACAACACUGCAUAUUUUACUAGUUGAUUUCUUUUUCUUUUUC